CAAACCGACAGUUUUCCUGAGUUUCGUAACCUCUGUAAGUCCCUUCGAGACCAAAGCUAUUUCGUGAUGUUGAAGCUGACUCUGGUGCUGUUGGGAGUGAGCGCCUGCUUGGCCUACCCCGACGAGACAGAGGUCGAGGCCCGUGGAGGUCUUCUCGGAGGAGGCGUCGGAGGUCCUGGCCUUGUCGGUGGAGGCAUUGGCCCUGGCCUUGUCGGUGGAGGUGUUGGCCCUGGUCUUGUCGGUGGAGGCGUUGGCCCUGGCUUUGGUGGUGGCUACGGUGGCGGCUACGGCGGCGGCUACGGUGGCGGCUACGGCGGCGGCGUUGGUGGCUUCGGAGCCGGCUACGGACACCAGGCCGGUGCAUCUCAGGGUGGCUUCCAGGCCGGCGCCGCUGGAAACAAGCAGGGCAGCGGUGGCUUCGCGUCCGGAAAUGAAUACAGCAACGUGCAGAGCUACAGCAACUCAGCAGGACACAACGACAACAAGGGAUUCUCUUCGUCCAGCAGCAACCAGUAUGGAACGGGCUUUGGCCAGGGCUCCGCGGGCUACAAGGGCGGUGCCGCUGGAUCCCAGGGCUCCUACGGCUCUCAGGGUUUCGGCACUCAGGGUUUCGGUGUCGGUCACGGCGUUGGUUACUAAAUGGAUGGAAGCGGUCUAGACAACGGCGGAAUCAAGUCACAAAUCCAAAGAAGCACCUAAAACGACAUGGGACACGUUUCGAAAAAAUAAAGAUGGGAGUGUACAUGUAUACACUCGUUAAUAAAUACUUUUAUGGAAAAA